AGUUCAGAGAGAGGAGAGAGAGGAGAGGGAGAAGGAGAGAGGGGCAGAGGAGAAGGGAGAGGGAGAGAUGCAAGACAGAAGGAGCGACUUAGAGUCUCUGAAGCACGAAAGAGAUAACCGAUUAGGAAUUCGCCAGGCAACUGUCGUCCCGGAGAGCAGCCAGAGAAUCACCAUUACCCCAACUCUGACAUUUCCUACAAGAAGUUAGAGACUUCAGCAGUAUUGGUACCGCAUGGAAAUGGUAUGCUUGAUGCUGUGGAAAAUACUCCUGAGCUGAAGAAGUGCAACUGGAUGGUGUGUGUGUGUGAAAUACCAGAAGAGCCCAGACCCAGUGGGUAAUAGAGACGAAAUGUGGAGAGAAUGACUAACGACAAAUCUGUGAAUCUGUUCUCUGGAGUUGCUAAUUUGCCAGCCCGAAGCAACACAUUUUGCAAGGAGAAAACGUUUUGCUGCUUCUGAUUUCUCCCCAAACUGGUGCUACCAGAUGCAUGGCUUUCUAUGUGUUGGAACAAAUCACUCCUAACUGCAGCAUACCGGGAAAGGGGAAAGGUUGAGGCAACUAACGUAAGUGUAAAGUUUCGCAUGCCCAAUCGUAAAUUCUGCGUUUAGCUGUAUCCUCCGUGUAGAAGAGGGAUGUUUGUAAUUGGGUAGAUGGUCGGGGCAGAGCUCACCUACUCGGCUGUAUCUGCAUCCCUACCUGCAUCACCCUGCCGGAACUAAUCGCGGGCAUCAGCUACCGUGCAGCCUAAUGCAGAUAAGAUUAGUGCUUGGGAACUGACCAGUUUUACUCAAGUAGGUGGCUGACUGGAGCCUUGCAUACGUUCAAAUUGCAGUUAGGGGAGCAUCUAAGCAGGAGCCUUUUUACCUGCAGUAUUGGUUGCCGUAUUUAUGUGUGACAGAUGUUGCUAAUAUUAUAACCAGAGAUCAGGGUUAAGAAACAGCAUUUCUCUCUCUCUCUCUCUCUCUCUUUUCUGCUCAGUAGAAAAUAUUGUGCCGUUCGUUACAGGGGGAUGUUCACUGCGUUUCACUUACAUCUCGGCAGCCUCUUCCACUUCUAGAAUAAGGAAUAUUAUUACACGUUUUUUAAAAAAGUUUUAAUGUGUUUAUUAAUUCUAGUUGGGAGUAAUUGAGCAAUAUGGAGAAAAGAGAACAAGCUCUGGGUAAGAAAUUCGAAGUCUUGGUAUUGUGCUUCCAGGCAGUGAGGCUCUGAAGUGGCCGGUGACUAUUUGCUUAUGAUGCUGCAGCAGCAUGUUGGGAUGCCUGGUUCCCAGUAAGAUUGUAUUAGAAGGCAGUUGAGGAACUGGAAGGAAAGAAAAAGGUAGUCUUUUCAGAAGAAAGAGAUGACUCAGUGUAGCAGAGAAGAAAACAUCACGUUUGACGUGUGACCAAGCAAUUAGCAGGAACCGUAGCUAAACACUGAGGGUUUUCACUCGUACCUAAAAAAACUCAGGGAGGUGGGUUAGAAAGGGGGAAGGGAAGAGGAGACCAAGAAUGCCUGUUUUGAAUUAAACAGCAUCCAAAAAACAAUGUGGGUGAACACAGGUUAAAAAAAAAAAAAAAAGAACAGCAGCUGUCCUUAAUUUCAAAGUAGCUAAUUUCAUUUUCUGUGGGCCAAUGCAACAAGCAAGGGAUAUUUGGUGUUUUCACUCAUAGAGUUAACUUGGAAACAGCAGCAGAGCCAACUGCCAUGUUUACUAAUAUGCAGAGGAAAAUUUGUUGUGAUAUUUUGUGACUGUGUGUUUUCUAUUUAUUGAAGAAUAAUAUUGUCUAUACGAUUUGUUGACAGUGGCUGUCUCCAGAUAAGAGAUGAGAUGUAAUGCAUCCUCCAGUCUGUGCGCGCUUCCUCUUGCAUUUUGUGCAUCAUUCCUCAGUGGAUACCUUUAAACCCUAAAAUCCAGGAAAAGAAAAUAAAUACAUUAUCAUGGACCUGAGGGAUUUUUACCUGUUGGCUGCUCUGAUCGCCUGUUUAAGGCUCGAUUCCGCAAUAGCUCAAGAACUUAUUUACACUAUUAGAGAGGAAUUGCCUGAAAAUGUGCCCAUAGGAAACAUACCAAAGGAUCUGAACAUUUCUCACAUCAAUGCCGCCACAGGGACCAGCGCCAGCCUUGUCUACAGACUGGUUUCUAAAGCUGGGGAUGCCCCUUUGGUGAAAGUAUCCAGUAGCACUGGGGAAAUCUUCACAACCUCCAACAGAAUAGACAGAGAAAAACUCUGUGCUGGGGCCUCUUAUGCUGAGGAGAAUGAGUGUUUCUUUGAACUUGAGGUGGUGAUCCUCCCCAAUGAUUUUUUCAGGCUGAUCAAAAUAAAAAUAAUUGUCAAGGAUACCAAUGACAAUGCCCCCAUGUUUCCAUCUCCGGUCAUCAAUAUUUCCAUUCCAGAAAACACUUUGAUCAACAGCCGCUUUCCAAUUCCAUCGGCAACAGAUCCUGACACAGGCUUCAAUGGUGUGCAGCAUUAUGAAUUGUUAAAUGGUCAGAGUGUUUUUGGACUGGACAUCGUGGAAACUCCGGAGGGAGAGAAGUGGCCGCAAUUGAUUGUUCAGCAAAACUUGGAUAGAGAACAGAAGGACACCUAUGUGAUGAAAAUCAAAGUAGAGGAUGGAGGCACUCCACAGAAAUCCAGCACGGCCAUACUGCAGGUCACAGUAAGUGAUGUAAAUGACAACAGGCCAGUGUUUAAAGAGGGUCAAGUGGAGGUGCAUAUCCCAGAGAACGCUCCCGUAGGCACCUCUGUGAUUCAGCUCCACGCCACUGAUGCAGAUGUAGGCAGUAAUGCAGAAAUCCGGUACAUUUUUGGUGCCCAGGUCGCCCCUGCAACCAAAAGACUCUUUGCUUUAAAUAAUACUACUGGACUGAUCACAGUUCAGAGGUCCUUAGAUCGCGAGGAGACAGCCAUUCACAAAGUGACAGUGCUGGCUAGUGAUGGCAGCUCCACUCCUGCUCGAGCAACGGUUACCAUCAAUGUCACUGAUGUAAAUGAUAACCCUCCCAACAUAGACCUCAGGUACAUUAUAAGUCCCAUCAACGGCACAGUGUACUUAUCUGAGAAAGAUCCUGUCAAUACAAAGAUUGCCCUAAUUACAGUUUCAGAUAAGGACACAGAUGUGAAUGGCAAAGUGAUCUGUUUCAUUGAAAGAGAGGUCCCGUUUCAUUUGAAGGCAGUUUAUGACAACCAGUAUUUGUUAGAAACCUCUUCUUUGUUGGACUAUGAGGGCACCAAAGAAUUCAGCUUUAAAAUUGUUGCCUCUGAUUCUGGGAAACCUAGUUUAAAUCAGACUGCCCUGGUAAGGGUUAAGCUUGAGGAUGAAAAUGACAACCCACCAAUUUUCAACCAGCCUGUAAUUGAGCUGUCAGUUGCUGAAAACAACCGACGUGGGUUAUACUUAACAACUAUUAGUGCCACAGAUGAAGACAGUGGGAAAAAUGCAGACAUUGUUUAUCAGCUUGGACCGAAUGCCUCCUUCUUUGAUCUGGACAGAAAGACAGGAGUUUUGACAGCCUCCAGAGUCUUUGACAGAGAAGAACAAGAACGCUUCAUUUUUACAGUAACUGCCAGGGACAAUGGGACCCCUCCCCUCCAAAGCCAAGCGGCUGUGAUAGUUACUGUUCUGGAUGAGAAUGACAAUAGCCCCAAGUUUACUCAUAAUCAUUUUCAAUUUUUUGUGUCUGAGAAUCUGCCAAAGUAUAGUACUGUGGGGGUAAUCACGGUGACAGAUGCAGAUGCUGGGGAUAAUAAAGCCGUGACUCUUUCCAUUCUAAAUGACAAUGAGAAUUUUGUGUUGGAUCCAUACUCCGGAGUCAUAAAGUCAAACGUUUCAUUUGACAGAGAGCAGCAGAGCUCCUACACUUUCGAUGUCAAAGCCACAGAUGGAGGACAACCACCCCGUUCCUCCACUGCGAAAGUAACUAUCAAUGUCAUGGAUGUCAAUGACAAUAGCCCCGUUGUUAUUUCUCCACCGUCUAACACUUCCUUCAAGUUGGUGCCCCUCUCAGCCAUUCCUGGCUCCGUGGUAGCAGAAGUUUUUGCAGUGGAUAUUGACACAGGAAUGAACGCUGAACUUAAGUAUACGAUUGUGAGUGGAAACAACAAAGGUUUGUUUCGGAUCGAUCCGGUAACAGGUAACAUUACUCUGGAAGAAAAACCGGCAUCUACUGAUGUGGGCUUGCACCGUUUGGUGGUCAACAUAAGUGACCUGGGGUAUCCGAAGUCUUUGCACACGCUCGUGCUGGUUUUUCUAUAUGUGAAUGACACUGCUGGCAAUGCCUCCUACAUCUAUGACUUGAUCCGCAGGACUAUGGAGACCCCCUUGGACAGGAACAUAGGGGAUAGUAGCCAACCCUAUCAAAACGAGGACUAUCUCACCAUCAUGAUCGCCAUCGUGGCAGGCGCCAUGGUGGUCAUUGUUGUGAUCUUCGUCACCGUUCUGGUGCGCUGUCGCCAUGCAUCAAGGUUCAAAGCAGCUCAGAGGAGCAAGCAAGGCGCUGAAUGGAUGUCCCCAAACCAGGAGAACAAACAAAACAAGAAAAAGAAAAGGAAGAAAAGAAAGUCUCCCAAGAGCUCUCUUUUGAACUUUGUUACUAUCGAAGAGUCCAAGCCGGAUGAUGCAGUUCACGAACCUAUCAAUGGGACAAUAAGCCUGCCAGCUGAGCUGGAGGAGCAAAGCAUAGGAAGAUUUGACUGGGGCCCUGCCCCUCCAACAACCUUCAAGCCUAACAGCCCCGACCUGGCCAAGCACUACAAAUCUGCCUCUCCACAGCCUGCUUUUCACCUUAAACCUGACACUCCAGUUUCUGUGAAAAAGCAUCAUGUGAUUCAGGAACUCCCUUUGGACAACACCUUUGUCGGGGGUUGUGACACGCUUUCCAAACGUUCUUCCACUAGUUCAGACCACUUCAGUGCCUCAGAGUGCAGUUCCCAAGGAGGCUUCAAGACAAAGGGCCCCUUACACACCAGACAGUGUAACUCACACAGCAAAAGUGACAAUAUUCCUGUCACUCCUCAGAAAUGUCUCAGCUCUGCGGGUCUCCACGUUCAGGAGAAUGAAGAAAACCAUUACGAGUCGCAGCGGCGCGUUACGUUUCACCUUCCUGAUGGCUCCCAGGAAAGCUGCAGUGACAGUGGUCUAGGAGACCACGAGCCGGUGGGUAGUGGAACCCUGAUCUCACACCCUCUUCCUCUGGUUCAGCCACAGGACGAAUUCUACGACCAGGUCUCUCCGGACAAGAGGACCGAAGCAGAUGGCAACUCCGACCCCAACUCUGAUGGGCCUCUGGGUCCCCGAGGAUUAGCAGAAGCAACGGAGAUGUGCACUCAAGAGUGCUUGGUUUUGGGUCACUCCGAUAAUUGUUGGAUGCCUCCUGGCUUGGGCCCAUAUCAACACCCUAAAUCUCCUCUCUCAACCUUUGCGCCCCAGAAAGAAUGGGUCAAGAAGGACAAGCUAGUGAAUGGGCACACCCUGACUAGAGCCUGGAAAGAAGACAGCAGCAGGAACCAGUUCAAUGACCGUAAGCAGUAUGGCUCCAACGAAGGCCAUUUCAACAAUGGCAGCCACAUGACAGACAUUCCUCUGGCAAAUCUGAAGUCCUAUAAGCAAUCAGGAGGUACAGUUGAGAGUCCUAAAGAGCAUCAACUCUAA